AACGCUAAAGAAGGGGGCCGCAAACGCAUCGCAGAAGGUGGUGAAGGAGGGCAAAGUUGUUAAACAAGAAAGUUGGAAAAAACAAGUGCGCGUCGUCGCGAGUGUGGUGCACAGUGCAUUUUGUACCGUUGCGUCUUCCAAACGCUGGACACACAGGAAGGGGGCCUGGAACGCAAAGCAAAGCAACAAAAAAAAGAGAAUUCGAAGUCGUAAAAGCCAUCCGCUGCUAACCAAUCGACGACACCUUUACCGUACCAGUGGAUGCAGUACGGUGCAGCAAAUAAUGGAGCUGGAUAACAUUUUCCUAAACAAGCUGCCGAUCGUAGCGGCCACGGGCAGCGAGGGUGGAACGUGGAACCAUUACGCCUUCAUCGAGAGCACCUGGGGCGAGCGGAAGAUUCUGCUGAAGAUAAUCGUGUUCAGCCCGCUGUACAAUACGCCCCUAAGCUUCCUGUCCGAGAUAGACCACGAGGUGCUGCAGCAGACGGCCAUACGGCUGGAGCGUCCGUGGAACGACUUUCUGCACGAAACGAAGCUGGCCCUCUGCACGGAGGGUGGCGCGAACGGGUUCAGUUACGCGGUCGAGGAGAACAAUUUCGUGUGGCGCAAGAUCGUGGGACCAGCGCUAACCGUGGCGUACGGGUCGGUGAUACUGCUCCGCUCCCAGUGUCUGCUGUCGGACGUGCUGUCCAACUCGAUCGGCACCCAGAACCGGUUGCGGAACGAUGUGCAGCUGAAAAACAAGGUGCUGCACGAGCUAAGGGAAGAGCACGAGGAGCUGCUCGAGCUGCAGCGCCAGCAGGAGGAGGACAGUCGGCUGUACGAGAUAGAACUGAUAACCAAGUGUAUCAGCAUACUGAACGAGAAGAAGGAGGUAAUCAACCAUUUGAAGAAAAAGCUCGCCGAGGAUGAGGAUGAAGCGGACGGCGCUGAGCAGGACGAUGAGGAGGAACAGGAGCACCGGGACGACCCGACCGUAGGUCAAUUCGACCGGCGGCUACCCAGGGAGGAGGAGGAGGAUGCCACACGGCCGUCGCCCGGUCUGGUCGGGACUGCGAGCGAUUCCGAACCAUUCUUGGUCGACAGUGACCCACAGGAUGCGGACGAGCAUGGAACGCUCCCGAAGCGGACAAAGUAUCAGCUGACGCAGCGCACUGCAACAACCACCUCGUCAUCGUCGGCAAGCAGCAUGACGUCGACGGUCACCCGGAAACCGACGCUGCAGCACGAGCAAGCCGAUGCCGGAGCUCAUCGGGAUCGGGAGCAGGAUGGCCAGCUGCAGGAUCUCUACAAUAAGGAUACGCAGGAGCUGCUGCAACAGAUGUAGGAACGCGUUGGAGCAUGGAAAGGGAACUGAGGCAUUUUUAAGUAACCGAAACUAGGACGAAUUUUGUGGCUACGUCACUUUUACCUUCCCCGGCUUGAUUAGAUUGUGCGGCGGAAGCGAGCAUAUUUGUGUGUAGUUUGUGUCACCAUUUAUUCCCUGCAAAACCUUUAAAACCCCAAUUUUAUGUGUCGUAAGCGUAAGUAACAAUGCGCGCGCGUGUGUGUGUCAUAGUGCAAUGGAAUGUUUAGCGCGUAAAAAGCAAUAUGUGCCAAUAGUGGGAUGGGAGGUAGUAGGUUUAUACUUUAUAUGUUCGUUCGGAGAUAUCAUGCUUACGAUUCCCUCCCCCUCCCGUUUCCCAAUGCUUUCAACGACCCAACGGCCGGAUUUAGCCGCUAAGAGAUAUGUUUAGUAACUACUGUUUUAUUCCCGCCCGUGGAAGCGCAAAUUCAACUUCAACUUAGAGUGUAGCUAUUUAUUAUUUUAUAUUGCCAUGUUGUGUUAGGAGCAUCGUCAUACAAACACACACCCACACAUCACCCAUCAUGUUUUUUUUUUUGAUAAUAAAAAAGAAGAUAAUCAUCACACGCGGUUAACUGGAA